GAAAAUGCAAAAAAUGUCCGCGAGUAAGGCAAAUAGUGUAAGAAUGUUGAAAAAGGCUAAGCUAGUGCAAGCCUGAAGUGGAUUCAAGGAAAUAUACUUAAUAACAAGAAGUGCCAUAAGUUUAGUGAGUAGUGAGCAACUCUGCUGGAGGACAAGCAAAAGCAAAACUCAGCGGAUGUUGGCUUCACUCGAACAAGAAAGUGUUUGUGAUUUGUGUAACAAAAAUACAUAUGUAUGUAUAGUUAGAUAUAAAGAUUUGUAUGUAUGAGUCAAGUAGACAAUGUGAAAAGCGUACCACUGUAAAGCGUGGAAAAAUGGGAAAUGAUUAUUAACGAAACGAACCAAAAGAUUAAGGAAGUAGUAAUUUGUUGUGCUGAAAAAUUGCGCUAGACACAAUGGACACACAAGUGUAUAUAUGUACAUAUGUAAGUGGCUUGCGGGGAACGAAGUGAAAGAAUGAUAAAUCUCAGCGAUUAUUUAAACGCUAACCAAGCAGAUUAGAAGCAAGCAAUAAGCGAGUGAAACAAUCACACAUUGCAAACAAAAACAAAAGAAUACAGACACAAAAAAGCUGUGGGAGUAGGAAAGAGUGUCACUAACGGAAAUGACUGCUCUGGAAGAUGUGUAAACAAUAGUGUCAGUUGAAAAAAAACAACAACAACAACAGGGGUAGCAGUCAUACAGCGUCUGUAUAUGGAAACCAAUGUUACAUAUUAAAUUAUUAAAUGAUUAAAUGUUUGUUUUGCAACUUUUUGAUUGAUAUUCUUGCACAAUAAGAGAUUGGGGAUGAAAAACCUAAAUAAAAAGGAUUUAAUAUCUAAAUAUGCAGAAACAAGAAAAAAGACGCGAACUGCGUCUGAAAAGAUUUUGGCGUACACCCAAAACAACAUCAUCCGAAGAUUCGACUGGCUAUGAAAGCCCCACGCGUACCACGAAACCCGGCAGCGAUGCACAGCGCUUCAAUCAUCUGCAUUAUACCAGCUUAGCGCAAAGCGCACCGGGCGGGCAUGAGAAUGGCAGCACCUACAACAAACCGACAUGUUCGCUACCGCUAUUGCAAGUGUGGCCCAGUCAGGACUCACCGCGCGGCGAGGCGGACGGCCAGUCCUUCAUUUUCCCUGUCAUUGCCGAGACGAGUACGAGCAGCAGCAGCGGCGCUGGCAGCAGCAGUACGACUGGGGACAGCGCCGGCGCGAGCAGUUCCACAACCACUACCACCACCAGCGGACGGCGUCGCAGCUCGCUUUACUGUGAUACUUUGCAUGCCGGUGACUCAGGCAUCGAUUCGGUGCAAGCGUCGCCCUCGCCCAACGCACUGCCGCCGCCACCACCAGGUUGUUCGCUGCUCAGCGGCGACGGCUGCCUAGGUUUAGGCAGCAACUCCUGCAAUGUUUCGCCCGCCACUACCCCUACGCAAGGUUCACCCAAUCUCUCGCUGGGUGGCGCACGCGCUGGUGCACGCGCCAGCAUCAGCGUUGGCGCGGCGAACUAUCGACGCAAGUCAAGCGCACUACUACAUCCCGAUCAUGCGCGUUUAUUUGCGUUGCGCAUGAAACAUGCCGCCGCUCUGGAACGCGCACAAACCUCACCCGAUCAAACAUCCAUCGAAGAUGCUACAGAGUUCCACGAUAAUGGGCUGGCGACGAAUUUGCGUCUUUGCUCUGCGUCCUCGUCGACGACGUCGUCGCUGACCUCCGUCGCAGCGGUCAGCUUAGGCGGCGGAGCGGUGGGAGCAAUCGGUGGCGGAGCCGCUGGCUCCUCCUCAUCCUCCGCCGCUGCUGUGGCAGCAUGUCUGGCUGCCGGCGCUGGUACGGGUUCACAGCAGCGCGUCUCCGACCCAUGGCUGCAGCCGCAAUCGGAUCGUGAGCGUGAUUCGCGCUACGAACGGCGCCGUUCCUCCACAAUGACGGCGCGUUACUCACUCUUCGAUGCGCUGGAUCUCGAAUAUGUGUUGUUGCGUGCAGCGGCGCGUGGUUCAGUGGGACCCUAUUCGCUGAGUGAAUCUAUACAUAAACUGACAUUUACUCAAUCGCUUGCGUUUCCGGCACUCGCGCGCGGUCUUGCCACAAAACGAAGACGCUCGCAUACGCGUACCAGUUCGCGGCCAUUAAAUCCAAACGAGUCGGGCUUGAAUACGUGUGCGAAAGUUGUGACAGCAGUCAUAUUGGUGGGCAUUUCGUUUAUGGUGUUUCUGAUUGUGUACAAAUUUGUGCGGACGUGAGGUUUACUCCUGGCCCCGACAGACUUUCCCGUCACAUAUCAACAAACGAACGGGAAUGUGAAUAUGUACGCAUUCGCUACGGGAAAUACUAGCGCCAGUAGAACGCUGUCGGGGUUCAGGAGAGUAUUGGGUCUGAAAGACCGGGAUUGAAAGCACAUGAGUGAAGAAUCAACGCGGGUGUAAGAAAGCAAAUGAUAAGUUCGCAAUAAUUUUAGAAAACUAUAGGAAUAAAAAUUGUGAUAAAAAAGUGUGCAAUGCUGUAAAAAACAAACCGACACAAUACUGCUUCAAUGCAUAGUAAUGCUGGAACCACGCCAUUUAUGUUAAGAAAUGGAGCUGAUAGCAAAAAGAGUUUCAAUUAAAACAUUUUGUAAUUAAGAAAAAAAAAACUAACACAAAAUGCCUUUUAAAAUAGUAUCUGCUACCUUUUUAAUACUAAUAGCAUUUUCAAUAACUUUUUACCUACCUUUUUACAUAUGUAUGUAGACUACUCUAUGCUCAGAGCUUCUAUUAGAUAGAUCAUUAAAUGUAACUCCAUUUUACUGGCUAAUUGGAUAUUUUUAUAUUGACAUUUAGUUAAUUACCUUUAGAAAAUGGAGCGCUCACGCACAAAAAUGUCAUUUAAGUGGCCAUGUUUUAGUUGUAAAAGAGGUUUGAUAUGAAGAAUGAGGGAAGAUUGAUUGACUGAAAUAAAGGAUGUGCUGAGAUAUUCAGUCUAAGGCCAGUAUCUCCCUUACGCGCACUAUCGACUAUCGCUCUAUUCAGAGUUUCUAGUGGCUUAACUGGUGCAAUGUCUGGACACAUUAAAAUUCCCGGAAACUUUAAUUUCGUCGAUGUCAACUUGAAUCACUAUUUACCUAGAUUUUCUCAGCACUUUCUUCACUCACAUGCCCUGAUGAAAGGAAAGAAGGCCCAACAGACAUGGACGGUUCGAAGCUUAACUGUAGGUUCAAUGGAGGUGCCGCCUUUUGAGAAACGUCUAUCAAUCUCAAAUUUAGCCUAACAGACUGUUGUUGGGUAUUCCAUAUAGUGAUGCUUGCGAUUAGUCAAGUAGUAAAUAUACUGAUCAGGUGUGUAACGCCUAAACAUAAAGUAAGUCGAAAUUUAUGCUAGACGGCAAUCAGUACACUGGUAUCAUUUAUAAUACUUUAAGAACUAACUGGCCAAUGUUUGUCCACCUUUCGGUGAAAUCGGAUCUCUUUCUAACCAGGCUUAUAUUAGUAAUAGUAAUGUUCAGGAAAAUGCUUAGCUAAUUAUCUAGCUAAUAAGGUUCUCUCGAGGUGGUUUCUAUGAAUAUAAAGAGGAUGUAGUUUGGACUACCUUCAAACUUAUAUUGGACAAAUGUGUCACAUAUUAUCUCAGCGAUCGAUUUUUAAAACUAGGACAGCAUUCGGCCCAUGGCGAAUCUGGGACGGUCAAAUGAACUUCCCAGAGAGCCAUAACCUAGCUUCUGUUUAAAGUUUGUCAGGACACUGUUCGAAUGGAUUAGAUGAGGAUAUGCUCAGCGGUUUGGAGGAUAAUGAGGUGAGGCACCUUUUUUCUAACUCUGUCCAGCUAUCGAUACGCUGCAUGCAUACACCUAGUGGCUUGUCAAUGAUUCCACAUUUCUUCAUCUUCAGUUUUCCAUACCUUGCUUUGCCUUUUGUGUUCGAUAGCAAUGUGAGCCAAUUCGAUCUGCAGCCCCUCAAUGACUUUCAGCGGUCACUGAGAAAAAAUAUUCCAAAAUUAUAAUGCCGAAAUAGCAAAAGCUUUAACUGGUUAAAAGCUAAGAAAGGCAUGGUCAGAAUACCCUUGCACUCGUAAUGCAUUUCGCCCAGAAAUAGUUUCCAAGUAGACUGAGGUCAAUGUUUUUUUUUUAUUUUUAUCUCUAUGUGGAUACAUUAACUCAACCUAGCUAACCCUUUUCAUAAUAUUCAUAUCCUUCAAAUAAGCAGUCUAAAUUGCACGUUUAGCUAGAAGUAGCUGCAUUCGUUCGGCACCGAUAAUUAGGAUUAGGGUGGUGGGCUGAAGUAACCUACAGAUCUAAGCAGCCUAUGAACGUAUAUAUAUUUUCCUAGCAGAAAUAUGCCAAAAGAUUUGCCAUU